GUAACCCUGUUACCUCCUCAUUUGCUCUUCAUUCAUGCAGCUCAUUCUAUGAGAAACGGAUCACAAAGGACUCCAAACCAAGCAGAUCCACUCAAGUCUUCACAACACAAACCACAGCACUACUCAAUAAGGCAAGGACAAGCAACACCAGAUCAAAGGUACCCUGCCUGCUUUGUAAAGAUGAGAACCACCUGUUGUCAAGGUGCCCAAACUUUGCAGAAAAGCCUUUGGAAGAGAAGCGCACAUAUGUGAGGGACAAUAAGCUCUGCUAUGGAUGCUUAAAGUUAGGUCAUAAUGUCAAAGAGUGUCGCCAUCGCCACACGUGCGACAACUGUAAAGGAAGACAUCCUACUUGUUUACACAAUGACAAUCACAGGGUAAAUGAAUGGUCUCCAAGCCCUGUCAACACAGCUUUAAACAUUCCAAACGAAACUACAGCAGUCACAGCUCUCAACGUUACUAAGACGGGUCAGUCAAGCAGCACAUCCAUGAUUGUUCCUGUCUGGGUGUCCAUAGCUCAUAACCCAUCCAAGGAGCAGUUAGUGUACGCUCUGCUAGACACACAAAGCGACAGUACAUUUGUCAGUGAAGAAGUGAGUAACCAACUACAGGCUGAGGCUCACCCUGUAAAGUUAAGGCUAACUACU